AUGAAUAAGGCAGGGGGAAUGACAUUGUUUUGGGACUCAGAUGUUAAAAUUUUGCAAGUGCAGCACACUUCCUUCACUGUGGAAGCUAAGAUUGAGGACCAGGAAAAAAAGUGGGGAGAAAGAUGUAGAGCUGAGUGGAGCUUCAAUGACUUCAGGAACUUCUUAAGUACAAAUCAGAUGGUGGAUCUGGGAUUCGAAGGGCAGCCGUGGACAUGGUGUAAUAACUGGGGAAAUGAAGGCGAAAUCAUGCAAAGGCUAGAUAGACCCAUGAGUAGUGCAGAUUGGAACCUGGAGUUUGAGAGUGUGAAAUGCUCUCACAUUAAAACAUAUGCUUCAGAUCAUUGCGCCUUGAUGAUAGACACUAAGCCUACGGUUGUGAGGAAAAAAAGAAGGUUCUUUUUUGAUAAAAGGUGGCUACAACAUGAGAAUAUAGCUGAGGUCGUCAAAAAAGCUUGGAAGGAAAAUAUUGAAGGUUUUCGGAUGUACCAAGUGCAAUCAAAAUUGAGGAACUAUAGAGUAGCCUUACUUAAGUGGAGUAACGGCAUUCACAAAAACUCCAAGGAUAAGAUAGAUAACCUCAAAAAGCAAUUGGACCAGACUAGAAAAUCUGCUAUGGACAACAAGAGAGAAAAGGUGGCCGGCCUGAAGACACAACUGAUAGAGGCUUAUAAUGAGGAGGAAAUCUAUUGGAGUCAAAAAGCCAGGCUCAAAUGGUUGCAAGAAGGAGACAGAAAUACCCAAUACUUCCAUGCACAGGUAAAUGGAAGAAGAAAACAAAACAGAUUGCAAAGGCUCCAAAGGGAGGAUGGUGGCUGGACUAAAUCCGAAGAAGAAACUGGGAAAGUGAUUGCUGACUACUACAGGAACCUCUUCGCCAAGUCUUCAGACAGUAAUGCUCAAGAGGUACUAGAGGGGAUCCCAACUACUAUUACGGCAGAAAUGAACAGGGAGUUAACCAAGGAAGUGACAGAAGAAGAGAUCAAAAAUGCUUUCUUCACUAUGGAUUGCAAUAAAGCUCCUGGCUCCGAUACCUUUAUACCUGGGAGGCACAUCAUUGAUAACAUUAUCAUUUCCCAUGAAUAUUUGCACUUUCUUAAGAAUAAAAGACUUGGGAAGGAUGGUUAUAUGGCUGUGAAGCUGGAUAUGUCGAAAGCCUACGAUAGAGCCUCAUGUCAAGAAGCACAGGAACUGACAAAAAUUCUGAGGAGCUACGAACAAGCAUCAGGACAAAUGAUAAACCUCGACAAGUCUAGCGCCUGCUUUAGCAAAAAUGUCAACCAGGAAUCUAAGGAGGCAGUAUGCAGCAAGCUGGAGGGAAUUGAACAAGUAGCUCAAGAGAAAUACUUGGGACUCCCAAUAGUGGUCACCAGAUCGAAGAAGCAAUUGUUCGGAUACAUCAAGGAAAACAUUGAACGUAGAAUGCAAAACUGGAAAUCCAAAUUGCUAAGCUCGGCUGGGAAAGAAAUCUUGAUCAAAGCAGUCUCAAUGGCUAUGCCCACUUACACUAUGUCUUGUUUCAAAUUGCCUUGCAGAGAGGCUAUGUGGAGGGGAGUAAGAAGACGCAUAGGAAAUGGGAGAAAAACCAGCAUUUGGAACGAUCAAUGGAUCCUAAGCAAUGGCAAAGGGAAACCUGUUACGGCCAAAUCACAAGGAGGCAAACUUGACAAAGUUGCUGACUUGAUCAGUAACUUCAGGUGGAAUAGAACUCUCAUUUUCAAGACGUUUUGUAAGGAGGAUGCAGAUAAUAUUUUGAAAAUCCCAAUCAGCAUCACGGGAAGAGAUGAUAACACCUUCUGGACAAGGAACAUAAAUGGGGAGUACACGGUGCAGUCUGGAUACAAAAUGGAAAUGGAAAGAAAGGAGGAAGUGAUUAGGAAAGAAGGUGAGGGAGUGGAAACGAGUUUUAACUCAGUGAGCCAGCAAAUGUGGAAGAAGGUGGCAGUGUUGGUGGUGGUCGACGGACAGCAGCAGCAGCAGAUGCGGACUGGUGGUUGGAGUUGGGUAGAUGAUGGGUUGGCUAUUCGGGUCAGCCAGGAAGAAGUGGAAGAGCAUGAGGAAGUGCAGGGGUGGUGUAGGGCGGUGGUCAUGGAGGUUCGCAGGCGGUGGUGGCGAUGA